AAGCUUCUCCUCCUCUUCACGCACCACCACCUCGCGCUUGGCCUUUGGCCUGCUUGGCUCCUCUAUCUCUCGCUCUCCUCCCUCCCGCACGGACGCCCACGCCUCGCCACCACGCUCCCCCCCUCCGACACAACCCAUUCGAUCCGCCCGCGCUCCUCCCCGCCGAUCGCGGGGGCCGGACUCCGCCGCCGAUUCGCGCUCCGCCAAGCGCCUAAACCCUAGAUCUGGUGCGGAUCCGGCGCCUCCCGCCACCUCGCCGCCAUGUUCUGGCGCAUGACCGGCCUCUCCGCGGCCUCGCCCGUGGACACAAUUCUAGACAAGGAAAACUUUACAUUGGAAGAGCUUCUUGACGAGGAUGAGAUUAUUCAGGAGUGCAAAGCGCUGAAUACUCGACUCAUAAAUUUGCAAAGGAACCUUUUUUAUGAACAAAUAAGAUAACAAAAGCCAUGCUCAUCAUAUGCAUCCAUCCUUUUCAGCCAUUAUUUUAUGCAUCAGAACUGCCUAUGGGGUUCUAUGAUCUAUCAUACAAAACUGAGAAGCAUCUCUAAUUGCAAUUCAUCUGUACAUACAACCUUUCCCAUUUCCUUUCAAGAUUCCUAUUCAUUGUACUUCUGGCAUACGGUAUGUAAUUAACUUAGCAUAAUUCAUGCUGGAUUACUCGCUUUAGUUUCAAAGAGAACAGCUAAACUCAUUCUCCUUUUCUCAAUUUUUGAAGAUUUUGCAGAGUAGGUUCAGUUUAAUGAUAAUGUAUUUGAAUUUUCUUGUAUAUUUUUUAAUCUAUAUCGUUAGUUUUAACUGCUGAUAAAUGAGGCUGCGUGUGUAAUGAAAUUAUGUGUUUAUAUAAGCUGAGUUUUUUUUUUGUUAUAGUGGUUGGUCUUCAAAAAAGGAAGUACCUCUAUAUGUUUAGCGAUUAGUUUAAAGUGCUAACAUACUGUUUAGCUUUCAAUUAGGCUUCAUCUGGUUGCAGUUUUGUUUUCCUUCCUAAAAUCUAUGAAUGUUGUAUCUAGCUUGCGAGAUAAAUCCCAAGUGGAGCAGUUACUUCGUUACAUCGUGGAAAAUGUUCCAGAGGAUUCAGAGAAGAAACGAUCUUUCAAGUUUCCAUUUAUUGCUUGUGAGAUUUUUACUUGUGAAAUUGACAUUAUCUUGAGGACCUUGGUAGAAGAUGUUGAGUUAAUGGAUUUACUUUUCUCAUUUGUAAAACCUGACCAUCCGCAUAGCACUUUGCUAGCUGGUUACUUCAGUAAGGUGGUGAUAUGUUUGAUGCUUCGGAAGACCGCGCCUCUCAUGAAUUAUGUUCAGGAGCAUCCAGAUAUUGUUGUCCAACUUGUUGACCUCAUUGGUAUCACCUCGAUAAUGGAGGUGUUGAUGAGAUUGAUUGGUGCUGAUGAAACCAUAUACUCAAAUUUUGCUGAUACAUUGCAAUGGUUAGAGAGUACAGAUGUUCUGGAAAUGAUUGUGGAUAAAUUUAGCUCAUCUGACUCCCCUGAAGUACAUGCGAAUGCUGCAGAGAUCCUUUCUGCAGUAACUCGAUGCGCCCCUCCUGCUCUUGCUGCAAAAAUAUGCAGCCCAAGUUUUGUUGGUAGGUUGUUUCGCCACGCUCUCGAAGAAUCAAGAUCAAAAUCGGUUCUGGUUCACUCACUGUCAGUGUGUAUAUCUUUGUUGGACCCAAAAAGACUAGCAUCAGCCUCAUAUCAAGCGUUUAAAAGUAACUUGAGCCAUGGCACACUGGUCACAGCUAGUCCAGAGACAGUUGAUGGUAUGCUGGAGAGUUUAGGUGCUUUGCUAAAGUUAUUGGACAUUACUUCUUCUGAAAAUGUUUUGCCUACAACAUAUGGAUGUCUGCGCCCGCCUCUUGGAAAACACCGUUUGAAGAUUGUGGAGUUCAUCUCUGUUUUGCUAACAAUUGGUAGCGAAAUAGCUGAGAAGGAGCUAAUAAGCCAAUCAGCAAUAAAGCAUUGCAUCGAUUUGUUUUUUCAGUACCCUUAUAAUAACUUUUUGCAUCAUCAUGUUGAGAACAUUAUUGUUUCUUGCCUCGAGGUUAAAAGAAAUCAGCUGAUUGACCAUGUCCUUAAUGACUGUGGCCUUGUUGGUAAAGUGCUUGCCGCGGAAAAAAAAUCAUCUCUGUCAGUGGACUCUAAUGGGCCAACGUUACCAUCAGAAGGGAAAGAACCCCCGAGAAUUGGGAAUAUGGGCCACAUAACUCGAAUAGCGAAUAAACUCAUUCAAUUGACAAAUAGUAGCAGCAUGAUCCAGAAUCACUUGCAGGAGAACAGUGAGUGGUCUGAAUGGCAAACUGGUGUCCUAGUUAGACGCAAUGAGGUGGAGAAUGUUUACCAUUGGGCAUGUGGCCGUCCAACUUCUUUACAUGAUCGUGGGAGGGAUAGUGAUGAUGACGACUACCGAGACAGAGACUAUGAUGUGGCAGCACUUGCUAAUAAUCUUAGCCAGGCAUUUCGAUAUGGGAUAUACAGCAACGAUGACAUUGAAGAGGCACAAGGAUCCCAUGAACGAGAUGAUGAGGAUGUCUACUUUGAUGAUGAAUCAGCUGAGGUGGUAAUAUCUUCGUUGCGUUUGGGGGAUGAUCAGGACAGCAGCUCCCUCUUCACAAAUUCGAACUGGUUUACCUUUGAUGGUGAUAGAGGAAUCAAUGACCGCUUAGCUGCCUCCGUUCCUUCACCAUCCCCCAAUUCUGAAGACACUUCCCUGAACAUGGAGGAAACCGAUGAAAUGCUUAUUGGUAAAGUCACUGGCACUGAGUCACAUCUGGAAAGCGUGUCUCCUGAAAAUGGUCCUGUUGAGAAGACCAAGGAACUAGCAGGAGUCGCUGAGCAAAAUGAUGCUAGUGCAGAUGAUGAGAAACUGUUGAGCACAGAAGAGGUGAAUGUUUCCCAGGAAGCUGAAGCCUCUGAGCAGCCUAUGGAUGUUCAAGAUGGCCAGACUGACACACAAGGUGGUGAUGCUGCUGAAGCCUCAAGUACAGAGGGAGCAGCUGAUGAACCUUGCGGCUCUCCUGAGCCUGGACAUGCCUUGACUGGAGCCUCAUCUGAAUCUUGUGACACUGAUCAUCAGUCUGCCAACACAUCAGGUUCUAAUGAGAUAGCCCAUGAAUCAGGGUUACCUCAUGAUAGUAAAAUAGUUGAGGUUGCCACAUCAAAUGAAUGAAGUAUAUGGGCUGGAAUCAUACCACAAAACCUGAGCAGUAUUGCCAGCCAGAUUUUUUUUGCCAGGUGAGCAAUGUCACCUUGUUUUGCAUCACAUGCUCAGGAACCACGGACAAGCCUUCAGAAGGCAAGUAAUCUGUACAAUUGAAGGCGCCGCUUUGCUAUGUGCAGUUUUUGGUACUGCAUGAAUGAGCAUAUUCGUGCAGCUGGGCACGCCCUGUUAUGAUCGGGCUGUCUCACCUCAUCCCCAUCCCCAGAAGCAAUUUCCUCAGUUCACAUGGACUUCUUACCCAGCAAUGGUGGGAAAAUUAAUUCUUGCCUAUGUCAUUUGGUGGUUGAUGCAUGCGAGGAGGGGAUUAAUUCAUUUGGUGGUUCUUGAUUUUGGGUACGGUGGUUAUUUCCUUGGCUAGGGUACUCGAACUGUAAUAUCUGCAGUGAGUUUUUCCCGUGUUUACCUUUUUUUUUGUUCCUUUGGUAUUAGCGUUCUGUAAUUGUUAUCAGUUCAAUUGAAACAUCUACCUUUCCCUUUUGGGUUCUAAACUCGAUGUUCUCAGCAAAAAUUGGGGGCAAAUCUUUCAUGAUAUACCAUUAUGGUCCA